CUUUCCCAAAUAAACAAAUUUUUUAAACGAAAGAAGAUGGCGAAGAAAACGGAAAGUGUAGAGAGAGAAAUAAAAGAGAGAUAGAGCUGGAUUCACAUGGCCUUGUUCUUCUUCUCAUCUCUCUCUCUCCAACAUUUGAUCAUUACCAACCAAACUAAUUGAAAUCCAUUUGUUUCUCUCAACCCCAUUCUUUCUUUCUCUCUCUCUCUCUCUCUCUCUCUCUCUUCUCUUCUCUGUGCGUCAUGGCUGACGAUAGGGAGAUGCCGGCUGCUGUAGUUGAUGGACAUGACCAAGUCACUGGCCACAUAAUCUCCACCACCAUCGGUGGUAAAAACGGAGAACCUAAACAGACAAUAAGUUACAUGGCGGAGCGAGUUGUCGGAACAGGCUCCUUCGGGAUAGUGUUCCAGGCGAAGUGUCUGGAGACUGGAGAAACCGUGGCGAUAAAAAAGGUUUUGCAAGACAGGAGGUACAAGAACCGGGAGCUUCAGCUGAUGCGUGUGAUGGACCAUCCUAAUGUUGUUUGUUUGAAGCAUUGCUUCUUCUCGACCACGAGUAAAGACGAGCUGUUCCUUAAUCUGGUUAUGGAGUAUGUCCCUGAGAGCUUGUACCGAGUUCUGAAACAUUACAGCACUGCUAACCAGAGGAUGCCGCUUGUUUAUGUUAAACUCUAUAUGUACCAGAUCUUCAGAGGACUUGCUUACAUUCACAAUGUUGCUGGAGUUUGUCACAGAGAUCUAAAGCCUCAGAAUCUUCUGGUAUGUGUUAAACUCUUGUGUGUUUUCUUCUCUUGUUUUCUUUUAUUUGCUAAUCUGUUUUUUUUUUUUGUACAGGUUGAUCCUCUUACUCAUCAAGUCAAGAUCUGUGAUUUUGGCAGUGCUAAACAGCUUGUUAAAGGUGAAGCUAACAUCUCUUACAUAUGCUCGCGGUUCUACCGUGCACCUGAACUCAUAUUUGGUGCCACUGAGUACACCACUUCCAUUGAUAUCUGGUCUGCUGGUUGUGUUCUCGCUGAGCUUCUUCUUGGUCAGCCACUCUUCCCUGGAGAAAAUGCUGUGGACCAGCUCGUUGAAAUAAUCAAAGUUCUUGGUACACCAACUCGAGAAGAGAUCCGUUGUAUGAAUCCACACUACACAGACUUCAGGUUCCCGCAGAUAAAGGCACAUCCUUGGCACAAGAUUUUCCACAAAAGGAUGCCUCCAGAAGCAAUUGAUUUUGCAUCAAGGCUGCUUCAGUACUCUCCAAGUCUUAGAUGCACAGCGCUUGAAGCUUGUGCACAUCCGUUCUUUGAUGAGCUGAGAGAACCAAAUGCUCGUUUACCAAACGGACGGCCAUUCCCACCUCUCUUCAACUUCAAACAAGAGGUAGCUGGAGCUUCACCUGAGCUGGUCAACAAGUUGAUUCCAGACCAUAUCAAGAGGCAGUUGGGUCUAAGUUUCUUGAAUCAGUCUGGAACUUAAAAACGAUCAACAGACGAAGAACUUUUUAUAUAUAAUUGUACCAUUACUCAGAGCCAGAAGAAGGUUAGUUGAAGGCAACGUGGAGGACACAGUUAGAAGUUUUGCCUCCUCAAAACUCGGUCAAAAAGACAAGCUUCUCUACAACCUGACUUCCCCCAAACCCGCAAGAAAAGCUAUUCAGUUGUAUCUUCUUCUUCUUCUUUGUCCUUUUUUAAAAAAGUUUGGUUAAAACAAAGAACAAAAUCUUCUCUUUUUGCUUUAUUCUUACUGCAUCUGUAAAUGAGUUUAGUCAGAGAUUUUUAUAUAGUAAAAGUUUGAGCAGAAGGUUAAAGAA